AUUGCAUAGUCUGACGAGAAUCAAUUUACUGAAGCAAUUGUGAUGUUUUGGCUGUAAAUAUACCUCUGACGUUCAUUCAGGAGCGAAGAAUAUAUAUACCAUAUCGUUCUGUUUAUAUCAAGUAAUACCACGAAAAUUAGUUUACGCAAUGUCAAUGAUAUAGUCAAUACGAAUACGAACAAUCAACAAUACCGUCAUACCGACAAGAUUUUUAUGGCUUCAAGUUCAAUAUUACAAUUGCUCUGUCCAUGUAUAACAAACGAAGAUGAUUAUGAUCAACCUGAAGUGAUUUCUCGUUACGAUGGCGAAAGAAAUGUUUUUGGACAGAAACAUGGUUACGGUGAAUAUCAUUUCAACAAUGGUGACCUUUAUCAAGGAUGUUGGAAAUCUGAUAAGAUGCAUGGCUCGGGUGUUUAUACAUAUUCCUCCGGUAAAAAGGCUGAAGGUUUUUUUCAAGAAGGAAAAUUUAUUGGAAAGCAGCCACAAGUUUAUGAUCCAGAUGAUGUUCCACCGCUACCAGACCCUGAAAACAUUCCAAGAGAAGAAGAGAUACGUCGACAACGGACAUCAGAAGAAAAUGAACGAAAAAGGAUCGAGCGAGAGGAAAGACGCAAACGCACGAAAGAAAGACAAAAAAAAUGGAGAAACAAAUAUGGGACAAUACAAGCAAAAUAACCAUGUACAGAGAAAAUAUCUUUACGCAUGGCAUGUCUGUAUAUGUGUGUUAAAAUAAUAUUUAUUGAAUUAUUAUUUUUCAAGAGACAAUGCUCUGAGGACUCAACACACUUAAGAGCGUCCAUGAGACGGCUUAACGUGAAAGUUUCGAAAUAAUCGCCCAUUAUGUUAAAAAUCGAUUGUUUUCAUCGAGUUGAGGUCAGUUGUAGAAGCUUGAUUUCAAUUUAGUCUUAAUUGUCAAGGUGAACAUGUCAACACAUGUCUAUUUAUGUGCACUAUUUAAAUCGCUGUAAAAAUAAGACAAUAAAAGACAAAUUUACGUCCAUCCUUCUAUUUACGGUCUAUU